AUGGUGUUCAUCGGCACCACGCUCAAAUCGGUCAUCAAGUACUUCAAGAAGAAGGGUAUUGACGAGGCGCUCCCAUGCCCGCUGGUGAUCGACUGGCAUCCGGGAUCAGCCGUGGCUCAGAGCUCCCAGCGGGAGAGUGGCGCGGGCGGGAGAGUGGCGCGGGCGGGCAAGCGAGUAUGCGGGCGAGUGGCGCGGGCGGGAGAGUGGCGCGGGCGCGCGGGCACUCAGGGGCUGCCCUCUGACAGCGCCCUAAUCAAAUUAAGAGCCCAGCCGUGGGCACGGAGCAGACGAGCGCUCUGUUCUCCCACCCUGCUGCCCAAACGCCUCCUGCCCGUCCCACGGCCGCUCCCCGUGUCCAGCCUGGACGAUGAGAGCAAGUGGACGGUGCACUACCAGGCCCCGUGGCACCAGCAGGAGAACGUCUUCCUGCCCGGCGCCAGACCACCCUGCGUGGAGGACCUGCACACACAGGCCAAGGUCAACCUCAAGACCGCCCUCAGAGAAUGUGACAACUUGAGGAAAGAUGGCUUCCGCAGUUCUCAGUACUACUCCCAGGGUCCGGCCUUCUCCUCGUCCAGCCUGUCCGACAGCGUCCACAGCCGUGCGGACACAGACGAGCGGGACAAGAAGUCUUCCGGCUCGUCCCCUGAAGAGGAGAGCCUGGUCUACAUCCGGGCGCACACGCCGCUCAUCGAGGACCUGAACGGACACGACAGCAGCGUCCACCACAGCAGCGUCCACUCCAUCUGGAACAAGUCCCGCCCACUGCCCACUCCAGAGGAGAAGAUGAGGCAGCAGGCCAAGUCCGUGCUCACCGACAUCGUCCCCAUCAACAUCACAGGCGAGACCUUUGACCGCCAGGCCAGCUUCCGGCGCUCCAUGGUCAACACUGACACAGUGAUCCGACGGCCCAAGAAGGUCCGCAGGAGAAAGACUAUAACAGGAGUGCCGGACAACAUCCAGAGGGAACUAGCGCCGCACGGUCAGGACGAUGCCCGAGCCCACUCCAUGUAUCUGCCGGGUCAGUACUCGUCUCUGGGCCGGACCCGGACCAGCAGCACCAACUCCACCCUGCGGCACUCUCUGACGCGCGACUCCAGCUGCCAGACGGAGGAGGUGAAGACGGUGCCGCCGUCCAUGCGCCGCAUCCGUGCCCAGCGCGGCCAGGGCAUCGCCGCCCAGAUGGCCAACGUCUCCACGUCCUCCUCCGGGAGCCUGUCGGCCGCCAGCGACUGCACCGGCCUCCUCGUCUUCCCCCCCCCGCAGGCACAGCAGGCCAACAGCAACAGCAGUGACCAGGGCUUCCACAGCCUGCCCCGGCCCGGGGCCAGACCCGCCGGACAGUGCGACUCUGGCAACUACGCCGUCGGCCAUUACCGCAUGACCAACGGCUCGUCACACACCCUGCCCCACCAGGUGGCCGUCGGACAGGCCAGCGACCACUCCCUGCAUCCGGCCGCCUCUCUGCGGACCAACGGGUUGGCCAGCCCCAAGUUCCAGGGCUCCUCCCCCGGCGACUACACGGGUCUUUUCAACGGCUCCGCCCCUCUCAGCGCCAACGGGACGCUGCUAAACCCGGCGGACUUCGAGGGCUCGGCGUACGAGAACGCCGGCAUCUACAUGCCGUCCACGGAGCCCUUCCCCGUGGACGGCCCGCCGAGCACGCCCGGCUCGUCCCGCUGCCAGUCCACCGCCUCCGUGUCCACCACGGGCGUCGCCACGGAGACGGAGUCGCAGUGCAGCACGCUGGACGGUCGCCACGGCGGCAGCAGCAGCCCGAGCUACACGCGCCGCGAGUCCAGCAGCAGCACGCAGAGCUGCGGCACGCUGACCUCCGACCCCUGGGGCUACGACAACGUCACGCCGCCGCCCCUCAAGCCCGACCUCGCGUCCGGCUGCUCGUCCCCCGUCCACCACCUGUACGCCAGCUCCGAGCACUCGCCCAACAAGACGGACUCCAGCUCGCUGUACUCCGUGGACAAUGAGGGCUACUACACGUCCAUGCGGCUGGACUCCGGCCUCAAGUCGCACAGCCACAGCUGCAUCGACCGCGCGGACCGCGCCGAGCAGGCCGGGCGCGACAUCUACGAGUGCCGCAAGCACCACAGCCAGGAUGACCGCAUCAGCCUGGGCAGCAGCAAGUCUCUGAGCCGGAGCAUCUCGCUGCGCAAGGCCAAGAAGCCUCCGCGCCCGCCUGCCCGCACCGACUCCCUCCGCCGCAAAGCGCGUGUUCAGCACCUCAGCGAGUCGCUGCUCAACGAGAAGCUCAUCUCCAGCCUGCAGCACUCGCUCCAGGCGCGCAGCCACAGCACCUCGCUGACCGGGCGCGGCCCCUCGGGCGGCGGUGAUUUCGAGGACCCCUGGGUGCUGCGGCCGAGGAGCCACAGCAACGUGAGCGCGGCGAGCAGCGGAAUGUCCGCGCCGGCCGCUAUGUGUCACGGUCCGGUCGCGCUCAGCGACACCAGCAGCCAGCGCUCGGACUACACCGAGUCGUGGGACUUCCGCUCGGACAAAGGGCCCGCGCAGUCGCCCAGCAACGGCGUGACCGACGACAGCUUGACCAACGGCGCUGUGAGUCACGCUGCCGUGACCAAUGGCGUGAUGGGCGGCGACGGCGUGACCAAUGGCGUGAUGGGCGGCGACGGCGUGACCAAUGGCGGCAUGCCCGCUGAUCUCAUGACCGACGGCUCCUCUCGGAACGGUCACAAGAUGUGCCUGCCGCUGGCGCACGUCAACACGGUCAACGGGCCGAGAUCGAAGACCUCCUCGCCCGAGAAGAUGCACCGCCUGACGUCGCCCUCUAGUGGCUACUCCAGCCAGUCCAACACCCCCACCACAGGGACCCCCACCACGUCAGGCCUGAGGGCCAAGUCCCCCGGCGCCGGGAAGCCCAAGCCCAAGCCCAAGCCCAAGGUGCCGGAGAGGUCAUCCUCGCUGCUGUCCUCUCUCUCCGUGUCGUCUUCGUCCACUUCUCUGUCCUCCACCACCUCUGACACGGGCAAGCUCCCCUCGCCCCCCCCUCCUCCACCUCUCCCUGGCCCCACUCCACCCGCCUCGCCCUCCGCCACCUUCGACUCUCCGCCUCCAACCGCGGACAGCCCGACAUGUGACGCUACUCUGUCACCUCCGCUCACCCCUCAGGCAUCGGUCGUCAGCAGUGACCGGACGUCGUCUCCCCCCACGACUCCAGCUGCAGCAGAGAUGAGUAUGGAGACCUUGUACUCAUCGCCCGGCUUUCCUUCCCCCCCGCCGCCACUAGAGGUCACUCUGGAGUCCCUGUUGCAGUGUGGCAGCACCUCCCCGCUCCCACCUCCCCCUCCACCUCCUCCUCUCCCUUCCAGCCCCACCUCGCCAUCUGGCCUGCCCACGCCCCCUCCUCUGCCACCGUUGCUGGGCAUGGGACCUCCAUCUGCCCCCCUCUUCAGGCUGCCCUCCAGACCUGUGCAGCAGGCAGUGGGCAUGGAGAAGAUGACCACGCCGCCGGCCAGCCCCGGUCACCAUGACAACACCGCCAUGUGGCCGAGGCCGCUGAUCACGGCGGAGGCUCUGCAGAUGGUCCAGCUGCGGUCCGUCAAGAACCUCAAGGUGCUGGAGGACCAAGACGAGGAACCGACAGCUUUGCCCAGCGCAGGGGAACACGUGCAGGAACUGGUUCAUGAGGAAAAGGUUCUGGAGCUGGAGGAACUGAAGAAGUCAGUCUUCCCUGUUCACCUGUCACUGACCACAUGCUCCAGUCCAAUUGAGAAUGGAAUGGAAUUUCCUCCUUCUCCACUGAGGGAACGCCUGGUGAUUCCAGACAGGGAGAACCUUCAGAUGAUUCAAGACACAGAGAACCUUCAGAUGAUUCCUGACACAGAGAACCCUCUGGUGAUUCCAGACAAUGAGACCCCUCUGGUGAUACUAGACAGGGAGAACCCUCUGGUGAUUCUAGACAGAGAGAACCCUCUGGUGAUUCCAGACACAGAGAACCCAGUGAUUACUCUAGGCAGAGAGAACCCUCUGGUUGUUCCAGACACAGAGAACCCAGUGAUUACUCUAGACAGAGAGACCCCUCUGGUGGUUCCAGACACAGAGAACCCAGUGAUUACUCUAGACAGAGAGAACCCUCUGGUGGUUCCAGAGAUUGCCAGUGUCGCUGAGGCUGUGGAAAAGGGCCCAAUGUGCAACGGACAAUCCGACGAUCACGUCUCAGAAGCUCAUGAUGAGUCUACUGGAGAGCCAUCAGUGCAGCCAGAUGACAAAGCCAUGUCACUGGAGAGUCAGAGUCCCCCCACGGCCUCCCCUGUCACCCCUCGAAAGGAGAGUCAGAGUCCCCCCAUGGCCUCUCCUGUCACCCCUCUAAAGGAGAGUCAGAGUCCCCCCAUGGCCUCCCCUGUCACCCCUCAAAAGGAGAGUCAGAGUCCCCCCACAGCCUCCCCUGUCACCCCUCUAAAGGAGAGUCAGACUCCCCCCACAGCCUCCCCUGUCACCCCUCGAAAGGAGAAGCCCCCCGUCUCCCCCAACAAGCCCAAGCUCUCAUUGUUCGUCCCUCUGCUCCCCACGACGACAUCCUUGGAGUGUGUCCAGGUGCUGACCGCCGAGAGCCCCGUUUCCUCCAGCCCGGUCGCCUCCAGCCCAGACGGCCCCCCUCUGUUCGAGGUCAGCGGCGGCCAGUGCUUCACCCUGCACCAGGAGGACGGGGAGGACAGCGACUCGGGCAGCUCCACGCCCAUGCUGCUGACGCAGAGGAGGGACUCGCUGAGCAGCGAGCUGUCGUCCGAGGGGAUGCCCCCGGGGAUGCACAUCCAGGACCUGCUGAUCCAGGAGCAGGACCUCGGCCUGAGCGACGAGAGGAGCACGUCGGACGAGGAUGACCAGGCCGCCAGCUCAGGGUCCUCUGGCUCCAGGGAGGAGGAACAGGGCGUGGUGGCGGACUCUCCCCACAGCAGCGCCACACUGGACACCAGCAGCACCAUCAGCACCAUCAGCAGCAGCUCCAGCAGUGGGGCGCACGGAGACAUGGGCACCCCCACUCGCCCCCGCACCACCGAGGACCUCUUCGCCGUCAUACACAGGUCAAAGAGGAAAGUUCUGGGCCGUGGCGACUGUGAGGAGCUGCUGCUGUCCUCGCCGUCUCCCCCGGUGACCCCGACGGGGUCGUCUCCCGGGGCGACGGCGGCGGCGAUGGCGCCCCCCCACCCCUCCUCCCUGUGGCUGGGGCGUCCGGCGGGGUCCAUCCAGCGCAGCCUGCGGCGCUCGAGCACCAGCAGCGACAGCUUCAAGGCCCUGCUGCUGAAGAAGGGCAGCCGCGCAGAGGGAAGCUUCCGCAUGUCCGCCGCAGAGAUGCUCAAGUGCACCGACCCGCGCAAGCAGCGGCCGCCCAGGACCGACGCCUCUUCCUCCUCCUCCUCCUCCUCCUCCUCUUCCUCCGCGUCCUCGUCGCUGUCCGCUCAGCCGCCCUCGUCCUCCUCCUCCUCGCCCUCCCACGCGGCGACGCCCGGUCCGGUGGAGAACGGCGUGAGCGGAGACUCGUCCCGCCUGUCCCCUGGACGCAGUCGCCGCUCCGUGGUGGAGGAGUGGUGGAGAACCGAGGGCCUGACCCAUCACCUCGCCUCCUCCUCCUCCUCCUCCUCCUCCUCCUCCCCCGGCCACUGCGCCUCCUCUUUCUCCUUCUCCCCCACCUCCCCCACCUCCCCCGGCGCCGUCUUCAUGCCCCCGGGCAAGUCCGCUCGCUCGCGCACGCCCCCGUCUGCCGCCAGCAGCCGGUACAACGCGCGCGGCCGCAUCCCCAGCAGCCCCAUGACGGCCAUCUGCGAGCGCGAGGGAGAGCUGGCCGAGAUGAGUGACGGCUACGAGGACCAAUGGGAGCCCAGCGCCAGGACAAUGGGGCAGCACCGCAGCCCCUUCAGCCUGGCCCUGAGCCCCGGGCCCACACUCUGCAAGGGGGGCAGCGCUUAGGGCCGGAGUGACCCCCCCAUCCUCCCUCCCCCCCCCGGACUGCACUGCGCCUGCCGCAAGGGCGCUUUUAAAGACUCUUUAGGAUUUAACCACAAUUUCACUCUGGACCUCUAAAAUCACCUCAUUUCUGACUUUUUGUUUUUGUUCCUUUUGAGAAAUGGCUCGUGCUAGCCCACCAUUGAACACACUCACGCCAACUCUUAACGGUCAUCCCUAUUGGUUCAGCUGCUUUUCCUUGUCCCUCCAUUUUCCUCUGCGAUAACGGCCUCACCUCACCGGAAGUUAGCACGGAAGCUAGCACCGUUUCCCCCCCUGUGACAUUAACACUGUCGGCCCUUUUUCCAUGUGUCACGUCUCUUACGUUUAUGCUUGUUUUGCAGGUUAGGGUGUUUGGGUACUUUUUAGGCUUCCUGUUGGCUGUGAUGAGUUGGACUUUUGAAGAGGUAAUAUGAGUGAGAACGGGGAAUGAGGGAGUUGAGUGGUUUGGAUUGGAAUGUUGUAGCAGGGAUACAUUAUUAUACUGUAUGCAUAUAGAGUUUGGCUGGAGUUAGCUCUUGGCUAACUAAAAGUUAGCGGGGUGGUGGUGGUGGCAUUCUUCGCAGUGAUCCAAAUGUCACACCGAUCGUGUUCUAACGAGUUGAACUCAGGUGUCGGGAGUGGAGCGCUCCAUGCUGUGAGAAGGAGCUGAGAGAUGGGAUGGGAACGUUCAUUAGCUGGAGAAGAGAAGGUGAGGAACAGACACAAGGAAGGACUCUUUGCAAAGGGGGUUUGUGGAGAAGCUGGUAGAGCUUUUGUUUCAGAUUGUAGAUUUGCACUAAAUUACUGUCUCUUUUCUGACGUGUGCCGUCGUGUUCAGCAGUCCUUGAUUCGAGUGGGGAUCCAGUUAAGCAAUUGAGCUUCUGAAUACCAUUGAGUUUUAUUAAAGGUAUUUAGUAGCCAUGUCUGAAAGUAAAAAAACAAAAUGACAUGCAGUUAAAACGUAUGCUGUAUAUAUUUACCAAUAAUAUUAAGCCCUAUUAUCCUGUAAGUCUUAGACUUCUUUUCUAUCAUUGCCCAAAGUCAGUACUUUGAUUCAUGAUAGCAUGUGGUUGCUAUGGACAUAACCAUGAAUAAAGAUAAGCAUUUUUAAAAGGAAAUUACUGGGCCAUACCUUGUAAAAACAAUCAACGCUUUAAUGAGAUUCAAGCCCCUACACACACACACACACACACACACACACACACACACUCAUCCAAUUUUAUUAUCCAACAGAUGGUUUCGUAAAUGAGUAGGACAAUGUCAAUAUCAAUGUCAAGCAACACCCAUGUCCUUUGUCAUUGGCCUUGGAGAAGAAGAAGAAAAAGAUCCCAACUUUGUACAUUUUUUUAUACCUUUUAUUUUGAACAGGGGGAGUACUUUGUAGUGUUUAGCACACUGAGAUCCCAGACAAUCCCAGUUGUAUAGAGAGAGUACUAGGUGUGGGCCUCUGGGUGCAGAGGCAGGAGCUAGAGCUAUCGAGAGGAGAAGCCUGUAUGCUGACCUGAAGUUUAUCUGUAAUAAACAACA